CGGUUGGAGUGACACGGUCACAGGGGAAUCAGUUUCCCUUCCCAUCCACCUUAUAUUAUAAUUCAUUAAUUUGGUUUUCAAUUAGUAAUGGCUAGUGGAGAAGAAGCCCUAUCGGUUGAUAAAGGAGCAACUCCUAGUAAUUCGAAGGUUACAGCAAAGGGUGUACGAAGCAAAAGUGAUCCAACUUGGGCUCAUUGUUCCUUGCAUCUGGAUGGAAAAGUGGAAGUACUCACUUGUCUCUAUUGUCAAAAAGAAUUUAGAGGCGGAGGAAUCACUAGAAUGAAAAAACAUCUAGCUGGUGUUAGUAGGGAUAAUGCAAUAUGCUCAAUGGUUCUGGAAGAGGUGAGCCAAAACAUGCAGAAGCUAUUGACUAAUUAUGAAACUAGUAAGAAGAAAUCUGAAGUGUCAAAGCUGGAUUUAAAGAAC